AGAAAAAAAAUGAUAGAAAGAAAAGAACAGGUAUCGCACCGACCGUUCGAGAAAAGAGCCCUCGGAAACCGAUCAAAAUAAACCAAAAACAAAAAUAAAGGAGGACGCUUCCUACACCCGCCCAAAGAAAAAUCAAAGGGUAACGUACCAGCACCAGGCACUACGCACCAGGGCACGGGAGUAACGGAGCAAACAAGACAAAGAGGCGGCAGAUGGGCAGACAGCCAGACGUACAAAAACAAAGGCAACAGCAAAGCGAGAUCACGGUACCCAACACAGCAGAGUAGGCAGGGAGAUAAUGAACAAUAGAAACAAAGAAACACAGCACAGAGGCCGAAGGCAAUACAAAGGACACAUAUACAUUAAGGAGUAUAGCCUACAGCAGGGAGGGAAACAGGGCGCAACAACAUCAGUCGGGUACAUAGUUCGCCACGAGUGCUGCCUCGGCGGCCCUUCUCGCUUCUACAGCAGUGCCCGGUCGCCGUGUGUGCUGGCGGCGAAGCAUGUGGUGGAAAAACUGCUGCAGUUUUCCUUCUACACUAGAGUCAUGGACAACAUGUUGGAGGAAGUGAAGAAUGCACCGCUGCCCAUUCUGCACCACAUGAUCGACAUCUGGACUGAGAAAAGCAUCGGGGCGCAAGGCGCCCUGGGAGAGGCGAAGGCCGCGGAGGUGCUUUUCGAGAUCUUCAAGGCUAUCCUGCACGAGUUCGGCCUGCGCCCAUCGGACAUCGCGUCGGGUACUACGGACAGUGGAUCGGACGUCAAGUCUGUGAGCAUCAACGGCCUCCACCCGCAUUACGGGGUUUUGUGGAAUUGGUGUUUUUGCCACCUGAUGGUCAAGACCGCCGAGGACGGCUUUGGCACUCACGUCGACCCUCAGAAGUCCAAGAACCCGGAAGCGCGCGACAUGCUCAAGAACGUCAUCAGUAUCGUCGGGAACCUCCACAGGUCUUCCAACUUGAAAGCUAACUUCGACGACCUUCAGCCGCUUUCCUCCGUCACGCGUGAUGGCCAGUACGAGGGUGCGCCGAUGCUGGCGGACAUCCACAUGAAGUUUGGCGUGCUCAAGAUGGACGUGCUGGACCCGUCGAAGGAUCUCAAGGUCUUCGACGUCCCGCCGCUUGGAGCAGGCGGCCUCCCGGACCGCAACGACCAGAAGAAGCUUCUGCCGCACAAGAUGCUUACAGCGGAGGAGGGCGAGUACUUGCCCGCCGGGUCGGACGUGAUAGUCCCUACGUCGGACGAAGACGUGCAAGAGAAGCUGGAUGAAACUUGGGCCGAAAUCAAGAAGCGAGCCGUCACAGCCGUGAAGAAAGCGCAGAGUCGGGCCGUGGGUGAUGGUGGGAACGGGGAGGCAGGUCCUUUCAAGCGCGCCCGCACUAGCGGCGCGGGCCCAUCUCGUCGCAAGAAUCACGACGACGCCUUUGCAGUUUUCGGUCGCAACGAAGUCGCCCCCCAAAGCAGCAACGAAGAAGAUUUGGACUUGGUGGAGAAGGGGGUCUCGAGCGAGAUCAUGCGGUACAAGGGUGUCUUCAUGAGGUCAACCGACUUGCCGCCCAGCAAAGUCCUCCACUACUGGAAGACCGUAGGGAAACAUUCAUUCCCCUCACUCAAGUAUGUGGCGCAGCAAACUCUCGGCAGUCAAGCCUCCGCCCCUCAGGUCGAGAGAGGCUUCAGCCACUGCGGUCUUUUCUGUGUGGGGAACCGCAAGUUCAGCGGAAAAAACGACGAUCUCCUGAAAGCAGAGAUGGCGCUCGACCCGCUGUCAAACACCACGCCUCCCCAGGAGGAUGACGUUGGCGUUGGGGAGGAUGGAUAGGCUGAUGUGAUUUUUUGAUGACCAGUUGAGGAGGAGGAUUGAGGAUGAGGAUUCAGGAUUCGUACCCUAGACUCUCGUACGUUUGAAAUUUGAAUUUGGGUUGUUGACUUCGACUUUCGACUUCUGUUUCUGCUCUUCUCUUCGUUCUUGCUUUUCGGUCUUCAAAGUAGUGUCCGAGGGACGGGGCGAGGGAGCAGCGUGUACUAUGUUUGUAUGCUACUGAGAGUGCUGUUGCAGGUGCUUGAUGCAUGUUUAUUGAUGCUUUUGGGUUUGUACGUUUUAGUAAAGGUUUCCAUACUAUACUGAUACUGCUGUGCUGGGGGUUUGGUACGGCCCUCGGUACUGCUGUGCUGAGCGCAACAGUACGUUUAUUACAGCUUUGGAUACUGUACUCUAGUCAACGCAAUAGUACGUUUAGUACAGCUCUCGAUAAUGUAUUGUACUAAAGGUUUAGUUCGGGGUUUCGGCCGGUACUGUACUCGACCCAGUACAGUAGUAAUGCCGCCGGUCGCCCCGGUGGUCUAGUUGGUAACCUCGAAACCUUCUAGAGGUCAGGUCAGGGGUUCGAAUCCCGGCGUAAGCGAGCUUUUCUUGCAAAGUGAGUUUUUCUCUCGCUUCCGCUCCUGGCCUCGUGGAUAGCGCUAGUUCGUGUGUACACAGAGGGAAGAGAGUGCUGAACUCUUUCUCGCAUUAAAAAUCGAAGGCAAAGUACCGCAGGAGGGGAGGGUAGAGAGGGGCUCUUCUGUGUGACC